UUUUAAAUUAAUGUUGACGCUCAACUAGAGACACCUGACGGAUUAGUUUCUGUUUAGAUUUGUUUAAAUCCCCGCCGCUAUGCAACAAAUUUUUUGAUAAAUUGAUAGAAUUUAAGUGUUAUUGUAAUAAAAAAGACUAUGGAAAAUACUGUGGAUAAAAAUCUAUUGAUUUUAGUACUUGAUGUGAGCCCAGUACAAAGAAUCGUUAAACAAGUUAUCACACAAUGUUUAGAUUCUGCGAUUGUCUUUGCGAAUGCUCAUCUCAUGCAAACUCCCAACAAUCUUCUUGCUGUAAUGGCAUGUCAUGGAAAUGGAGCAGAAUUUCUCUAUCCAGAUGAAAAACGAUCUGAGGUGAGACAAAUUGAUGGGCAGUAUGAGCUAUUUACUUUGGUCGAACGAACAAUACGGCAACGAUUGCAGCAAAUGAUAAACGAUAUGCCUUCGGAUGGAUAUUCAAAUUUCGAGAGUUUAAUAUCUGGAGCUCUCUCUAUGUCACUUUGUUAUAUCUCCAGGUUGGAGAGAGAGAAAGUUGCCGGCGAGAAACUUAAUUCACGUGUACUUGUAAUCACAGCUAGUCAUGAUUCUGCAGGACAAUAUAUGAAUUAUAUGAAUAUAUUUUUCACAGCUCAAAAAAUGGGAGUGAUACUAGACGUCUGUAGUUUGGAUCAUGAGUUAACUUUAUUACAACAGGGCUGCGAUUUAACUGGUGGAAAUUAUUUAAAAAUUCCCCAAUUACCUGGUUUGCUGCAGUAUUUAUUGUGGGUCUUUCUUCCGGAUCCAGAUAUUCGGUCGAAACUUGUCCUUCCACCUCCUGUCAAAGUAGACUAUCGAGCAGCUUGCUUUUGCCACCAGGAACUUGUCGAUAUUGGUUACGUUUGCUCUGUAUGUCUUUCAAUUUUCUGCAAAUUCAGUCCAAUCUGUACCACUUGUCAUACCGUUUUUAAGAUGCCUGGACCAAUUCCAAUGAAAAUGAAAAAAAAGAAGAAAAACUUAGAUAUUAUAUAAUAUCAGUAUUGUGAAUAAUUUUCUUUUUUUAAUUCGUAGCUUAUAAUGUAAAUAUCGUUUUUUACAAAUAUAUAGUAUACACUUUAUUCAAUAAAUGUAUAUAUUGAUGUUAA